UUAUGCAUGGCUUUUCUUCCGCUAACUUUCUUUUGUUUUCAAAUUUUGUUUAGCAACAAAGAAAGUGUUUUGUUUUCGAUUCUUGUUUAGAAACAUUGAUGCUGUAGUUAUCUUCUUUUAGUUUUCUUUCAAAAGAAAAAAAAAAAAAAAGAGUAGUUUGGCGAUGUUCGGAGUAAUAUUCGAGCUUAUUCUUGAAUUUUCUUCUGCGUCUGGUUUCUGCUGCGGCUUCUUUAGCUAUGUUUGAUUGGAACGACGAAGAGCUUACAAAUAUAAUAUGGGGUGAGGCUGGGAAGGGUGAUGACCAUAUUGUCCCAUAUCAAGAGGGAAUUAAAGAUUACUGCAACAAGAAGGAAUUGAGUCAAGAAGCUGCUACCAUUAUGUCUUUGGAGAGUAAGUCGCCAAGGGCUAAAAUUGAUUUUCAUGGAAGAAAGUUGGAGAGCAGUUCCAAUUUUAUCUCAAAUGAAAGAAUAUCUGCCUCAGGAUCCAGCUUGGGCUCAUGGUCUGAUUUAUCUUUAUCUAAUACUGCCAAAACAGAUGUGGAUCCCAUCGGUAGAGAAGUUUCUGAUAGGAUAGAUAAAAUUACCAAAAAUAAUUCAACAACUGGUGCAGUGAAACCCGAACUUGAUAAAGAUCCUGAAAUUUUCCAAAAUACCCAUGAAGAUAAAGACCAAGGGGAUUUUGACUACAGCUGGGCUAACAUUGGAAGCUUUGAUGAUCUUGACCAAAUUUUCAGGUAAUUCACAUUUUCUAUA